AUGAUGGAUCCCUUCAGCGCCAUCGGUCUCGCCGGCAACAUUGUCGGGUUCCUCGACUUUGGCUUCAAGCUGCUCUCCAAGGCCAGAGAAAUCCAAGCUUCGGCUAGUGGCACAGCCGCUGCGAAUGAAAACCUGGUUUCUCUCACACAACACUUUCAGCGGGUGACUGCGAGCCUGCGAGCCCAGAAAGUCUCCGGUGCGGCGACCGGAGACGAGCUUGCAAUCCAGGAACUGGCGGCCGAAUGCGACAGUGUAGCCAUCGAGCUCAUGGAGCUGGUCGAUAGUCUGAGAGCUCGAACUUCAAAGUCGAAACGAGAGAGCCUGCGCGCCGCUUUUCGGGAGUGGCGCAAAGGGGAUCAGAAAGACGAGUUACAGCUCAGACUGGACCGUUGCCGGUCGCAACUGAACUUGCAACUAACCAGCUUGAUGAGAUCGGAGGCCCUGGCUAGACUCGAUAAGCUCAUCACUUUUGGUCAAGCAAGUGAGAGCGAGUUACAGUCUUUGAACAGGAAUGUGGAACAGCUACGGCUCGUGAAUAACGCGUCUUAUAUCAGCCCUGAUACAUUGGAGCAGAUUCAUUCUCUGCUUUCUCUGACCGAUACGGCUAUACUACGAGUCCGACAGGCCCGCGUUCUGGAGUGCCUGCGCUUCCAGCUGAUGAACGAAAGGUUCGAGGACGUGGAAGAAGCACACGAGAGGACGUUUGAUUGGAUAUUCGACAGUGAUGCUGUUGGAGUACAUCGUAGAUCGUCCAGAAGCAGCCAAGCUUCAUCCGCAACGACCGACUCGUCUGACCGCGAAGACCAUGAUCUAGUCGAUAAAGAUAUUGGCGCCCCACAGGACCCAGGGGGCCGGCACAACAACAUCCCUCUAAGCAGUGACGAGGGUGAACGCGGUAGAGCACGGUCUCAAAGCCCGUCUCAAAUCAUUCAUGGUUCUACCCGCUCUCCCGGGUCACACUCGGCCACACUAAGCGUAGAGCAUGAACGCGACAGCACGGAAAAGGAGGUUCUGGUGGACAACGCCAGAAAAUCUGGUAACUAUGAAAGUGACGCGGAUUCAUCGAUCAUGAGCUAUGCAGAGAUCGAACGUCUGCCCUCCGCCGAUCAGAUGUCAAUAUUGUCGGAAGGUCAGAUAUCAGUCAUGCACAACGCUCCGCAUCCUCGAGGGCCAGUCUCGCCUUCUCGUGUGCAGGACGUCCCCGAGCACUUGUGGCAAGUCAUGGAAAAGGCUCGUGAUGACUUUAUUGUCUGGCUGGAGCGUGACCAUGGAAUUUUUCACAUCUCUGGGAAGCCGGGAUCUGGCAAAUCUACGCUCAUGAAGUACCUUUGCCAGCACAGGAGGACCAAGGAUCAUCUGAAGGCUUGGGCGGGCGAAAAGACUCUCUCCAUUGGGGAGUUCUUUUUCUGGCGACCCGGCUCGGCACUCCAAAAGAGCCUCAAGGGUAUCAUUCGUGGCUUGUUGCACUGCGUGCUAUCAGAGGCACCGGAACUGAUCCCAGUUGUGUUCCCUGCGCAAUGGGAAGAAUCUAUGUUCAACGACAAAAUCCACAUUGAGCAUCACGAAUGUCAACAAGGAUUCACCCUUCUAACGUCAAUGAAUGCUAACUUGAGAAACUACAAGUUCGCAUUCUUUGUUGACGGCCUCGACGAGUUCGACGGUAACCACUCAGACCUGGUCCGGCAACUUUUUGACUGGGUCACAAACAGCCGGAAUGUCAAGCUCUGCGUUUCCAGCCGCGAAUGGGCUGUCUUCCACGACGGUUUCAAAGAUUGCCCGCACUUUAGUCUCCAUGACCUGACGCGUUCCGACAUGCAAAGGGUAGUCAGGGACCGCUUCCAGCAACUGAAUAUUGAUACCCUUAACAGCGAGACUACCCAGGCGGGGGAGCCACAGACGCAAUUGCAGGAAGACGACCUCGUUGAAAAAUCAGAGGGUGUCUUUCUAUGGCUUUCGCUUGUGCUUCGUCACCUUGAAGAGGGCCUCAUCAAUGGAGAUGAUAUGCAAGACUUGAUGAAGAUAACCGAUUCUCUUCCCACAGAAUUGGAACCGAUGUUGCGGAAUCUCUUGGACUCGAUCCCUCGCUCGAACCUGAAGCUGGCGUUCGCAAUGCUCUCUUUUGCUUCAUUUGCUGGAAAGAUCGAGAAUGACUGCCGUUUGAUGCAGUUCUCGUUCGUGGAGGAUUACAUGGCCAACAAAGACUUUGCUAUGCUGAUGCAGCCCACUCGUGCCAACCUGAAGUCUGCCUCAGAAAAUGCGAUUCGCUUGAGAAAAGCAAGGCGGAGAGUGUACGGUGUAUGCAAGGGAUUUCUUGACUUGCGUCAACACUACUGUGGGAGCCGACCGCGGGUUGUGCAAAUCUCCGACAUGCUCGGAGAGUACGUCCGACUCAACCAUCGCUCCAUUGUCGAGUUCUUGGACAGCGAUUACUUUUCACACAGACGAGAUCCCAUCCUGCCAGACUUCAACCCUUGGGACGCGUACUUGCAAACUUAUCUCGGUCAAAUAGGCAACGUCGAUCUUCCUGAAUUCUAUUUUGCCCCGGACCGAAGAAGCGAGAAUCGCGGACCAGUAUCGCUCGACACGCAGCUCAGGAACAUAAAGGGCAAGUGUAUACCUCUGUAUCUCAUCUAUGGGGAUCCUGUACUGCAGUACAGUCCAUCACCAUCGUUUCGAGAGGAUCUGACUGAUUUCAUGCUUCUUCAACUCAACCUGGACACCACUGUGGACUCGUUGCGCUUUUGUCACUUCUUGUCCCAAGUUCGGACAACAAUUCGUGAUUUACAAAUGGACACGGCUGCUACGCGUAUCCUUACCAUUUCUGACGACGAUAUCCGAUGCAAUGCCUCAGAACUGGUGGCUCUCCUUGCCGCCGCGAUGGGUCUGCAUGAGUACAUGCUUUAUGAGCAGGAUCUCACAUCAGCCAUGAUCGAGCGUUGUACAAGACUGUGUCUGUCAAACUUCCAUUCUUGGGGGCCAGAAAAGACUCCCGAAGUCGAAGCAGGCAUGGGCUGCUUGUUCAAAACGCUCGAGGCGCUUUUCGAUCGUGGUGGUUCUCCAGAUCUCGAGAGGUUCGCAGCGUAUCCUCUAUUCCACACUUUCCUCCAGACAUUAUGUAUCCAGAGCAUUGCGGUCGACCCGGGGCCACCAUGCCUGGCAAUAAUCGCGUUUAUGCUCUACCAUGGGGCUAACCCAGGAUUCUCCAUAACACUCAGCAGGAAGCCACUCAAAGGAUCAAAUUCAGAAGUUCCCUUGAAUCAAACCUCAGCGGGAUCAAGGCUCCUCUCCUACAAGGCAUCCUUUCGUUCAUAUAAGUGCACGCCAACGAAAGAGCUAGAAGGAAGCGGCAAUGGCACGGCGUUGAAUCUGGGAUGGCUUCUCGCACCAUGGCAGCCCUGGAUGACGUUAAGUUGCCCGAUAUGUGAAUGGCCGAGGCCCGUGCAUGAAAUACAGCGCCAAAGAUCGACAUCGAGCCCGGUACCCAGUCCUCAAGCCCAGAACAGUCGACAUAGACUCAUUGUUCAGGUACCAGAGGAAAAGCGAGAGGCCCUUGACAAGGCCGACCACCGCGUGGAUUUGCGGACGUUGGUAUCUACGUGGUUUCCCAAUCAGGCGGAGAAUCUGCAAAAGGUCAUUGAUUGGAUCUUGGAGCUCGGUGUUCCUCUCAAUAAGGAGCAACGUUUGCAACUCAAGCAGGAAUUUGGAGACCUUCUGCGACCAUACUUCGAUCAGGCCCAUCCAGAUUUCCACGGCUGGCUCCCUGGAAACUCUCCAAAGACACCUGACGAAGGACUUUUGUUUGGUUUUCAGUUUCAAAUACAUCACGUCGAUGCUGAGCCGCUAGAUAGGCAUCAGAUGCAAUAG